GCCAUUCGUAGCAUUGUCUGUCAUUGUCAUAGCCGGAAAUUCGUUCGCUAUCGCCACCUCUCUUCGAAGACGCGCUAAGUCGCCGGUGCCGGUUAAAUUUCUUGUUACAAAUUAAAAAUAUAAUUAGUGUAAUUUAGUGCAAACAACAGUGAAAAUGGCUCCACGUACAGUUAAAGCUAAGAAAAAUGCUGAUGUUAAAGUGUCAGAAAUUGAUGCACCAAAAAAAGGACGGGGGAAAGCUAAAAUCGUAGAACCUGAUCAAGACUCAUUAGAAAUUGUAGAGGAAAAAGUUUCAGUUUCAGAAAAAAAGAACAAACGUGCUAAAAAUACUGCUAGUGAUUAUCAUGAGGAAGAAACAAGUGCUACUAACAAAGAAGAGAAGGCCCCACCUGCGAAGAAAGGGAGAAAGAAGAAUGUUGAGGAACCUAAUUCAGAUUCAAACACAUUAAAUGGUGAUAAUUCUGCAGAAGAAGAUUCAGCAACGACAAUUGACACUCAGAGUGAAGAUCAAAGUGAAUCAAAUGGACAUAUUGAAGAUGUUCCAGUACCUUCUACAAAAGGUCGUAAAAAACCUUCAAAAAAAGAAUUAGGUGAAGUUAAGCCAAAAGAAAGUGCAAGAUCCAAGAAAAAUACCAAACAAGAAACUGUAGACAAUAACAAAGAGGAAAUAAUUGAAGAAAAGCCUAAAGGGAGAGGUAGAAGUCGAAAAGCACCACCGAAACCAGAGCCUGAUCAGGAAGACGAUGAUGAAGAGGAGGCAAAGAUUGAACCACCUACAAUCAAAGGUAAGAAGAAAGGUCAGCAAAAAGCAGCACAGGAAAAAUCUUCUGAUAUCAAAAAAGUUACAGAAACCAAAGAUGUAGAGAAUGAAAAUGAAGAUUCUAAUGAGGAAGAAAAGGAUGUUGAAGAAGAGAAAAUCGAGGAAGAGCCAAAAAAGAAAGGACGUAAAAAUGUAGGAAAAAAGGGGCAAACUAAAGUGGAAUCAGAAGACAAUGAUGAAGAAAUCAAAGAAGUACCAUCUAGCAAAAAGAAGAAAGGUGCUAAAAAAGAGGAAAAAGCAAAAGGUGAUUUAAAGGAUGACUCUGAAAAGGACGAAGGUGUAACUGAAACAAAGCCAAAAAGCAAACGGGGUCAGAAGAAGGUAGCCGAGAAAUUAGUAGACACGGAAGAAGUACAAGACACUGGUGAACCGACAACUAAGCGUCGGCGAAAGGCUGACGAUAAGGCCACUGAAGAUAUUAAAAAGAAGCCAGCUAAAUCAGCAACAGAUUAUCAAUCAAUAGAUUUUUCUAAUCAUUCAAAGAACUCACAGGGUAAAGAAUGGAAUUUUAAAAUAGCGAGUUGGAAUGUAGAUGGGAUCAGGGCAUGGAUGGGGAAGGAUGGAUUGGAGUAUUUAAAAUACGAAAAGCCUGACAUAUUGUGCUUACAAGAAGUAAAAUGUUCUCAAGAAAAACUGCCUGAGGAGAUUAAAAAUGUUCCUGGCUAUCAUGCAUACUGGUUGUGCAGUGACAAGGAUGGCUAUGCUGGUGUAGGAAUUUAUACAACCAAAUUGGCAAUUAGUGUUCAAUAUGGAUUACAAAAUGAAGAAUUAGAUAGCGAUGGUCGAAUAAUAACAGCGGAAUAUGAACAGUUCUAUUUAAUAUGUACCUAUGUUCCCAAUGCUGGUCGCAAACUGGUCACUCUCUCUAAAAGAUUAAAGUGGAAUGAAGAAUUUCGGAAUCACGUAAAAUCUUUGGACAAGAAGAAACCUGUUAUUAUAUGCGGAGAUAUGAAUGUGGCUCAUAAUGAAAUAGAUUUAACAAAUCCUAAAACAAACAAAAAGAAUGCCGGUUUCACUGACGAAGAACGUUCAGGUAUGACUGAGCUGCUUGGAGAUGGCUUUGUUGAUUUAUACCGACACUACUAUCCAGAUAAGACUGGUGCUUACACAUUUUGGAGUUACAUGUUCAACAGUAGAGCGAAAAAUGUUGGAUGGCGUUUGGACUACUUCAUUGUAUCACAGAGACUACUACCAGCACUUUGUGAUACCGUGAUAAGAGACAAGGUCUAUGGCAGUGAUCAUUGUCCAAUAUCUCUUUUCCUCCAUAUCAGUAGUGCAGAUAAGCCUAAAGAAUAGGUGCAUUAAAUCCAUUCUCAUAAAUCAAUAAAAUUGAAUGAACAUUUGUAAUGUGUUUAAAUGAUUGAUUAAUUUCAUAUAUUAUAUAAUAAAAUAUAUAUGAUUGAUUUUUGAUAAAAAAUGAUAUUUCUGAUUUCUUAAUUCUCUGGCACCAGUGUAGUAAAUAACAUUACCAUAGUUAAAAUUCGAGGUUAAUAAUCGCCUCACUUUCAAAUGUCGUUUAAACUAUUUAGCAUUCAUGUUGACAAUUCUUUUUUCAAAUUUUAUUUAAUAUAAUGAAGUAAUCACUACUAAUAUUACAACUAGUUUUUGAGGGAUACUAUUGAUUUAUCAUAAGUUAAUUUUUAGGAUUGCAUUUGAUGCAGAAUGAAAGCAUAUCAAUAACUUUCGUAUACGGUUUACAUAGCGACAUCUACCGAUCCUAUUGUUGAGGUAAUUUUCAUUACAACUAUAAUAUUUCUUUAAGUUUUACUUGUACUUGAAGCUGCCAAUACAAUAGAAAUAUCAGUACAAGAUUCGCAAUCCAAGUUGGCCGAUCUGAAUUUAGAUCUUUACUCCAGGCUCUAGUCUUCGAGUUUUUGACUAAACUCUGAACGUAAAUGAUAUAUAACUGAAAUUCUAUAAAAAAAUGAAAGAACCGAAUAUAAUUAAAAUUAAUUUAUAUAAUGAUUCAAAACACGAAUAAUCUUUUUACGCUGUA